GAUUGGCGAGAAGCGAUUUUCAGUAGGGCUACCUGCUCCGUGGUGAUGAUGAUGUCUCGUUGUUUUGCUGUCAAGAACAAGAACAGUAGCACUGAUUUUUAGUGAGCCGGAAUUCGCAAUUUUAUCAACAAUAAACCGGCUGACGUUUCACAUUAUUUUUACAACGUCACCAACAUUAACACGGUGUUCAGAUACCGAGUGAUAAAAUAAAUUUCAAAAAAAAAAAAAUACACAACAAAAAAAAAACGCUAUAACACUUUACAUUCAUUCGGUCAGUGUGUGGUGCUGUGGGGUGAGGGAUGAGGGACAGGGGGAUAUUUUGGAAAGAGAUUUGAGACUAGAAAUGUUGAAAUUUGGUAGUAAAAACGACGUUACAGUGGUGCAUCGCGCCACUAUUCGCUUGUUGGACGACACUGAAAUAAUACAGUGUGAUUUUCAGCCUCAACACAAGGGAAGAUUUAUACUGGAAUACGUAUGCAAACAAUUAAAUAUUCUAGAAACUGACUACUUCGGACUUCGAUUCGUAGAUCACGCCAGACAGAGGCACUGGUUGGAUCUCGCGAAAACAGCGAUAAAACAAGUCAAAGACAUGGAACCGAUAUUGUUCAGUUUUCGCGUGAAAUUUUAUCCACCCGACCCGUUCAGAUUGAAAGAAGAAAUUACGAGGUAUCAAGUCUACCAGCAAUUGAAGAGGGAUCUUUUACACGGGAGGUUGUACUGCAGUCCCGGCGAAGCCUCUCUCCUCGCUGCCUGCGUAGUUCAAAGUGAACUGGGUGACUACGACCCGGAUAUACACGAGGGAAAUUACAUCUCCGAGCACAAAUUAUUGCUCAAACAAACCGAGCCGAUAGAAGAAAAGGCUAUGGAUAUACACCAAACGCAGCUCAAAGGUUUUACUCCGGAGCAGGCGGAAACGCAUUUUUUAAGGCUCGCUUCUCAGCUGGACACGUACGCCGUGGAUCCACAUCCGGUUAAGGAUCACAGAGGGUCUCAAUUAUAUCUCGGAAUAAAUCAUUGCGGUAUACUCACCUUCCAAGGAUCGAGAAAAACUCAUCAUUUCCGCUGGCCGGAAGUACAAAAAAUCAAUUACGAAGGAAAGAUGUUUAUCGUACACCUCACCUUUAACGAGGACUUGAGGACGAAGAAAAAACACACCGUUGGUUUUAAGUGUCCAACGGGUUCGAGUUGUCGUCAUGUCUGGAGGUGUGCGAUCGAACAAAUGCUCUUCUUCACUUUGCCGCGGGCUUCCGAUGCCCCGGUGGUUAGCGGAGGCUCGAUAUUUUCAUGGGGAACAAAAUUCAAGUACACCGGACGUACGGAAAGAGAAGUCCUCGAGGAAACGGGACCUCUGAGAAAAGAGGAGCCGGCGAUACAACGAGGAAAUGCCAGGACGUCCAGCUUGAGAAGGAAAGCCAGCAGCGUACCGGCAACCCCUAGCACACCGAGUCAAGACCUCGUGGAAAUUCGGUAUUCCAGUUUGCCGAGGAGCUGUCACAGCGCCGGUCUUGACGGUACAGGAAUGUGCGACGGCGGAGGUGUUCCCUUUAGCUCGCCUUACUGCCCUGACAAUACCCUUCCAUUGUUGGAAACCGUCUCCGAGGACCAAGAGAUUCAUGCCCGUAGAAAUAAUGCGGUAGACGAGAAUGAUUCGCAUGCGAGUGCCGUCGCCGAACAAAUACAACCGGUGAAAAAGUUGAAAUUUGCAAAGACCACGUUCAGCAAGGCUCCGCCGUUGUACAGUCAGAAAAUAGUUAUAGGUACGGAGGAGUUAACUGGAAAAAAUAUUGAUAAACUGGUGAGGCAAAAGAUAGAUUCAUUUGAAAAAAGUCCAAAAGUCGUGAGAUCCACCGCCCUUAUUGUUAAAACGUCAAAGACGAUCGCCGAUCCAACGGCUAAUGGACUAGUUUCUUGGCCAAGAACAAAAAUGGGCUCAACUUCGAAUUUAAAGUUGAACGGUAACGUUUACCUCUCCAAAGACUCUGCAGCCCAAAGGGACUUCAGCCGUACACUGUCUUAUUCCUCCGGGUCUCUGCCUCUGAAUCGCGACGGUGAUUUAACGAGCAUGAGGAAGCGUCAGGUAAACCCAAAGAUAGACGAUUACGCGCCGGGGAUGAAUCGUGUCGAUUCGAAGGACGGGGAUGACGGCCCCAGGACCACAGUUGGUGUCGACGAGGCAGAUACGAAUGACUAUUACUUCAGGGAUUCCUUCGACCAUUCCUCGUCGGAGAGUCAGCUUUUAGACGCGACUGGGAAAUCUCAUAGUCGAUCUGUAACGCCGGUGCCAAAGAUGCAGAAGCUUCAAAAUUCUAAGUUAUGCCUACAAGUGAAAAAAUCAGGUAAAAUGUCGCAUAAACGUCUUCGUAUAAUAAAAAUUUUCGUACCGGCUUUAAUGCUGACGAUAGUCGUCCUUUGUAUCGUUACCGUAUUAAUAUUCGAAACAGAUACAGCGUUGUUCAACAGUAUGCGAAAAACACCAGAAAUGGUGGCAUUGAGAAACCAGUGUUACGCGCCGAUAAGAGAAUUUCUCAAAAGCAAAUUUGGUCUGUUUUGAUGUCGAGUAACGAAAUUUAGAAAAAUCGCAAGUGCUGAACCUCUGAAGUCUUAACGCCAGUGCCAAUUUAAUCAGGAACUCAAAGACAUCAUCCAAAUGGAGAGUGAAACACUCCCCCGAUCGAAUUCAAAAUUUCUGCUAAUUCGUAUCACGUGAGAAAAUUAUUUCAUCCGGUCAUCCAGGUCGUCAGCUGAGCUUCAAUCGUACCGAACGGAAUCCAUGAUAAUUCAGUUUUAUUUCGUCGAGAAGUUAAAGCCACGACAAUUCGCACAUUCGGCUAACGAUUGAUUUUUUUAUGGGCUAGAGUUUGGAAAAAGAGUUAAAGAAAAGUCGGGAGAAACGAAAUCGAUAAUCAACUACUGAGCUGGCCAUUCGAAUGGGGGGUUGAAAAAACACUGUGAUUUAUAAAGAGAAAAAAAUAAAAGAAAAAAAAAAGUAAAACAAGACAAAAGAUAAUUGUAUUAAUGAAUAAUGUUAAUGAUAAUUCAUUCGCUGGCGAUAUUAUGAUCGUAUUAUGUCGCGUAUUGAACCGAGAAAAACCGUUUGUAAAGUGCAAUAGAAUUGCAUUCCGAUAAAUUGUAACAAAAUAAUUAUAUAUAUAAAUUAUAAUGAACAUCUAUCAAAGGUGUGUAUUACGUAAAACUGAAACUAAACGCACGCGUUUAUAUAAAGUAACAAGGAAAAAAAUAAAUAAAUAAAUAAAUAAUAAAUACCUAUUUUAACGUUAAAACGGAAAAAAAGAGAAUACAAUACAAAUUUAUUUAAUAAUAGAUUAAAUAUAGCAAUGUUAGGUAAUUUUAAUGUUCAACGAAAAGCAAUUAUAAUUCAUAGAAAUUAAGACGGUAAUAGGACACGCCGAUUCUAUCGCGAAUAGUUGACGGAGUGGAUAAAAAAUAAAUCAAUGCUUUGUUCGUGAUUGUCGUGUGUUGAUUAAAAAUCGUGGAAUGAAUAAAAGAAAAUUUUUUGCUUUUUCAAUUAAUUGAAUUUCGGAAAAACCAAAACGACGAUGUACUCGCGUACAUCGUUUUAAUUACAUUGAGGAAUUUGAUACUUAGGUACUUAAAAAGUUAUAAUUAAUUAUUUAUUCGUGGAAGUUACUACUCAACAAAGAUUGCCCCGUACAUUAUAGGCAAUGAGAAUUAUAUCGAUCAAUUAUUGAUAGCCUCAGUUGUUCUUCGUUUACCGGCAGAAAGUACUCAGCUCAGAGACUAAAAAACUAAGAGGAUAUUGUAUCGUUAGAAAUUAGGAAUAGCGUUUAUUACAGGCGUUUCCAGACGUAAGAAUGUAUAACAAAAUGCGUGUAAGGUUUGAAUUAUUUUAGAGUAAUCUACAGUAGAUAUAAUGUGUAACGUGGAUCACGAAGGCUGCAUUAUUUCACAUCUCCAUUUCAUCAUUGCCAGCUGCUCUCGCUUUUCAAUUCCGAAGCGGUAAAUUUCGCUUGCAAAAAAACAAAAUAAAUAAAUUAGCAAAGGGAGAAUGACAACUGAUUUUUCGAACGAGAGUUAAAAGUUCUUUCACUAUAGUGUCUCAUCGUAUUCGUAUACGACGUCAUCUCCUCGGUAUCUGAAAAUAAUAUUAAUUAUAAUUAUAACGAUAAUUAUACACAAAUGAAUAAAUAGUAAAAGAAAAUCAUAAAAAAAAUCUAACAUAUAAUGUGCUGUUGAAUGUUAACGAUGGGAUGAUCUCUCUUCUUUAUAACAACUUUGUGCAUCUGACCUUCAUUUCCUACAAGUGCCUACGCUGUACUAAAAAGAAUAAAAAAAUCUUUCAAUUCGUUUUUUUCGUCUCAGUUAUUUCGAGCAGAUUAUAUAAACCGAAAACGAUCAACAAUACUAUCAUAGAGUUUGCUCGAAAUCGUUUCGAAAAAUUCGACACGCCAAACUCCAUGCGAAACUACGUGUAUAGUGUAUUAACGUGUAUAAUGUGUAACGUACAGCGUUCCUUUGACUUGAUUUGAUGAAUUAGAAAAAAACUAAAUAGACGAAAACAGUGAUUGAGUUCAACGUCAUCACCGAAAUAAUUGUAUGAUUUACAAGUCAAAAACUAUGACCGACCAAACUUUCACCAAAUCGCAUCACGCUAAUUUAAAUAAAUCAAGUCCAAGCGACGCUAUGCUCGACUUGCAAAUUGUAUAAAUAUAUAGAUGUAAACAGAUGUCAAUUGCAAUAUAUGAUUAAUCUAGUUGUAAAGAAAAAGAAACAAAAAAAAACCAAAAAGAUCGAAGAAAAACUAACGACGAUGGGCGAACGGGGGAAAAGAAAUCAAGUUAAUCGAAUCAUAAUUAAGUAGGAUAUACUAAAAUGACGGUGAACUGAUAUAAAAUCGAAAAAAAAAUCCUAAAGCGAAUAUUUCUGAUGCUAAAAAAAUAUUUAACCUGAAUCGAUCCGAUAUUUUCAACGUAGCGUUAACUAUGCGUAAUGAGUUCGUGAUUUAUAUUGGAUAAUCCGAUAGCGAUGAUUUAGUUUUUUUUCUCUCAGAAAGUGCGAUCGAAGGAGAGGUAAAUUCACAUAUGAUUCGACAUCGAAUAAUAAUACAAACUGAGGAAAGAAGAAAUAAUUUUUAUUGAAAAAUUGACAGCGCUGUGGGAAUCUCCUGUCUUACAACAAUUACAAUUUAAAUAAAUAAAUUUGCGAAUAAUUUACUAGGGAAAAAAAAAAAAAAAAAAGUAACAUAUAUAGAAAAAAUCAAUUAACGAAUACAACUUUAUAAUUCACGCUUGUUAAUUGUAAUAAUAACGAUAAUAAGAAUUAAUUACGACGACGGUGAUGAUGACGACGAUGAUGCGGUAAGGUAGUUGAGCAUGAAUGAUUAGAAAACUAAUUCAAUUGUGUCGAAGAAUAAUUUCUUUGAUAUAGGCGAGAGUGCUUGAAAGAGUAGAUAAUUUAUAAGAAUUUCUAAGCGCUUAGUAAAUGCAGUGCAAAAGGUUGAACGUAUUACAUACAAUCAUUUUUCAAUCGUUUAAUUUUUCAUUCUGUCCUCACUCGAAUAAGAACAUUAGGCUUUUCGAUGAUAUAUGUAUAACUAUUAAUUAAACGGUAGCAUAAUUUUCACGCAAUCUUGCCUGGCUGUUGGCUCAACGGGUCACACAGAGACUUAUGGAUAUUAUACGAUUACGUAUAAUAGAACUAUGCAUAUAACUCGACAUCUAUAUUUUAACAGAAAAAUUUAAACGACAUAAUAGAGAAAUUUAACUAAUAAAUAGUUUCUGAUCACAUCAUAUUUGUAGCAUAACUUCUCAUUCUAACUUGACGAAAAUAAAAUUUAUUACUACUCUGCACGAUGUGAUUAUUGUAUCAAUGAUAAUUAUAGAAAAAAAAAGCUUCGUUCAGUUCUAAAACAGUUAAAUUUCAUCGCCAGGUGAUCAUGUGCGUCCUUCAAUGGUUCUCGAAGUCUGUGUCGUUUAAAGCAAAAGAAAAAAAAAAUAAAUAAAUAAUCAUUAUACUAAAAUCAAAGAAAGAAAAAGAAAAACCUAAUUAAUGCUAGGCUGUUGUUAAUUUGGUGUGAUAGAAGUAACUAAUUAGUACAAAACAAUUUGUUAGUACGUAUGAAUUUCUCAUGGUUUUUAGGGAUAUGUGUAUAAUAGCUAGGUAUUCAUGUAUGUUACGUACAAACGAAGGGUGUAAACUUGGUGAUGGAAUAUGUCAAAGAUUUUUUCUAUUUUUUUUUUUUUUUCCAUUCUCGUUGAUUUUCCAUUUCAUUUAUCAGGCUUAAUUGGCUCACAUAUCAAUCAAUAGAAAUCUCAAUCCCUCAUGCUUUGUACAAGGAUCACAAUCGUACUUGAAUAAUAAGAAAGAACCAUUCUAACUAACGCUAUUAUGUACAUUUUUUUCUUAUUCACUAUUUAAAGAGAGAGAAAGUAAAUUAAUCAAUUAUUCCAUGACAAUGAUCAAGAGAUACAAUCAUUCAUUUUUACAAUCAAACGCGAAAACUUGGACAUUCAACCGGCAACGGAUUAUUUUCAUAAUUUCAUACGUUGUUAUGUGUACUUGAACUAUUUGAAAUUAAACAAUCAUUAAUUGCAUUUUAAUUUCAUAUCAAUAAAUAUUCACAAUACAAUAUGAUUGCGUAUAAGAUUUUUCGUAUACAUACAAUUAUAUCAGCAUAAGAAAUAAAAUAAAAAAUAAUAACACUAACGAUACUAAUAGUAACGAUAAUAAUUGCGACAAGUAAUCAAAAAGGGAGUUAAGAAAAUGAACGAAAAGAAAAAAAAUGUUCCAUCGGUCGAUGAAUGCUGUUUAAUCAUAAUUGCUAGUCGAGUAUGAAUUGGAAUAAUUUCUUCAAAUACUGUGUAACAUUAGUUCUCAUAUAAAAUUCGAUAUUCUUUGACUGUAUCGGAGGUUACUAAUAAUAAUCCACGCAAAAUUGUUACAACAGAUUCGAAAGGAGAAUGGAAAAAGAUAAUGAAUAGUAUCGAUGAAAAGAAGAAAGAUUUCGAACAAACAAAUCGUAGAGGAUAUCCAAAGAUUUAAUGUGCUAUUACGAUUAUUAUACAGCAGCUGCAGUGCAAGUUCAAGAUUUACAAUUAGAAAGAAAAAGAAAUGAAAUAAGAAAUAUUGCAAAUCGUGUUCACUUUCGAUUGAAAAAAACAAUUAUUAAUAAAAAAAUUCCGUAGAUAAUUCUUUAUACCGCAUAUACAUAUUAAAAAAAAAAAUAUAUAUAUAUAUAUAUACGUACUUAUAACAUAAUGAAUUUAGAAAACGUAACUUAGAACACGGCAUUGUACUUUGAAUUAGUCGAUUCAUGCAACCUCGUUUGAUAAAAAAGAGAAAACAACCAAAAAAAAAAAAGUAAUUGAUGGAAAUUUUCAUUCUCUAUCUCUUUAUUUUUUUUUCGAAUGAUACGUGUAAUUUAUUUUUUGUUAGUUUUUUUUCUAUUCAUUUUGUGCGAAAGAUAUUGGAUGUGAUGCAGAUUAAUGUUUAUAUAUUAAUAAUAAAUAAAGAUUAAACUUUUGUGUUCUGAAAUUCAA